AUGGCAGUCUUACCAUUUUUCAAAGCAAUGCGACACGAAGACAGCGAUUCCUUCAUCAGUGACACGGAGAGAAACAGGACAACCUCACAGCCUCAUACAUCAGAGACCUCGGAGGACGGCCCUCACUUCUCCAGAGUCCCGAGUAUCAAGACGACCAAGCCUUAUCCCACGAUGUCGGCGGCAAACAUAUCUCACUGUGCAAACGACACGAACGCCUUACCAAUUAAACCCCCAACGACAGACCGGCGGCCGGACAUGCCCAUAAUGCCUUUCACCAAGCCAUUUUCCACGAACUCAUUGGUAGGCAGGUCUGACGGCGCAAGAGAAUUGAGUACCUUGCUGGACAAGCGUGCCCCAGCAGGCACCGAUGACCUAGACAUGUCCACUCUGCCUCUGACCUCGAUGCAGGUUAUCUCUAUGAUCACACCACCGGCGGCUCAGAUGACAACUGCUGGUCCAGAUGUCUCUGCACAAUCAACUGUUCCUUUCAGCCCACCCCUCAGAAUGAUUCCUUCAGCGAGUCCGUCCGCAUUCGCGAGGCCAAUAAAACCAUCCUUGGCGUCUGGAUGCCGAGCAUACGUUCAAGCGCUUGAGACUCCAACAGUGUCACCUAUUCCCUCAGCUCCAGGGCAGUUUACUACCAUGAAAUUCAUCCAGAUCACAGAGUGCGAUCCGGGCGUGAACGGGCAAGCUUCCGUCACCACAAGUCCUUCAUUUACCACCAACCCGAGCGGAAUCUCUACCGUCUACAUGAAGGGAUCGCCAAUCACGAUGUCGAAAGGUGUCACCCUCACGUCAACCGGAACAACGUUCGUCACGGCUAUCGUGACAGGCACAUCAACUCUCUCCACAACCUCGCUUCCAGCUACAACGACGUCUGCGGCACCUGGCGCGACAGCUACGCCCGCUCCGGGUAAGCACGGCCUCUCGAAAGCAGCGAUCGGGCUCAUCAGCACCGCCUCUGUACUCAGCUUGAUUGUCCUUGUGAUAUUGGCCUAUAUCCUGCGCCGGUACAUCCGCAAGCGCAAAGAAGCCCAGCAUGAAAAAACGAGUAGUUUCUGGCACAAACUGUUUGCUCCUACCCACCCUGCGGAGCGCGCAAUUCCCCUGACCGAAGUGCCAGGAACAGGGCCAUCUCCUUUUCGCACCUCAAUGUCUGAUAACCCAUACAGAACUCCAGAUCCAGGAGUCGUCGCCGCAGCCCCUCCUAAACGGAAAUCUCCAUUCAACUCCAUCAAGGCCGCUAUGAAGGCUAGGGGUGAUCCGACCAGCUCGGACCACUUUCCAAUGUUCACUAGCACUUACGCCGAGCGCCAAGCUGCGAGAGAACGAGCUCGAAGCGGGUACCCGGACACCUUCUGCACGAACACCGCCCCUGACGCCGUGGAAUGUGGGUUUGGCGGAAGCAAAGAUCCCUUCGACAUGGUCGAGAUCUGUCUUGCUGAGGAUGUGGCGCUUGAGGAGGAGGAGAAGGCAGAGCGACGACGGCAGGAGGAGAGGGCAACCUGGGAUGCUCCACGACGCUCAAUGAGCCCAUACCCCACGAAUCCUUUCAGGAAGGUGGCACAGCCACCACAGAAUGGAGUGAGAACUCUGAUAUAA